UGUAGCGUGACGAGCAAACCGGAGGGGUCCGUUGCUUGCUAUACAUACCUCUGGCCGUUUCGUACCUUUUCUGGGACCGUGCAGAGCGAACCAUGUUCAAGAAGCGCUCGGCCCGCAGCAAGCAGGGCGACGAGAACCACAACACCAAAGGGCCGCUGCCGGCGCCGCCGUCGGUGCCCGCGCCCCCUGCCCCCGUGCAGCGGCCCCAACUCGUCUUCCACUGCCAGCAGGCGCAAGGGUCGCCCACGGGACUCAUCUCAGGUUUCGGAAACGUGAAGGAGCUCUACGCCAAAAUCGCAGAGUGCUACGACUUUCCUAUUGACGAUAUUCUCUUCUGCACGUUGAACACGCACAAAGUGGACAUGAACAAGUUGCUGGGCGGACAAAUUGGACUAGACGACUUCAUAUUUGUUCACAGAAAAGGCCGGCCAAAAGAGGUGCAAAUAACCAAGACAGAAGACGCGCUCGGUCUGACCAUUACAGACAAUGGUGCUGGCUACGCAUUCAUAAAACGCAUCAAAGAGGGUAGUCUUAUUGACUCCAUGAGUUAUAUCCAGAUUGGCGAUCACAUUGAAAGGAUUGACGACGAAGUUCUGAUCGGCCGCAGACACUUCGAAGUGGCAAAGAUGCUCAAAGAAAUUCCCAAGGGUACCACAUUUACGAUGCGUCUGGUUGAACCUCUUAAAGCUGGAUUUUCAAACAUUGGACCCCGAGGUGACCCCAGAAAGGGAAAGAAACAGGGCUAUGGUUCUGGUAAAGAAACGCUGCGUUUCAAGGCCAAUGGCACAGCCGAGGUGGAACAGGCGGACGACCAAGAACAAACGGGCAUUGAAAACAUUAAUAAACUGCUGGAAUCGUUUAUGGGCAUUAACGACUCGGAGCUUGCCUCGCAAAUCUGGCAGCGAGCUAAGGGCACUCAGAACAGCAUGGACUUUGCAGAGGCCAUCGACGGCUCUGACCUUGAGGAAUUCGGAUUCACCGACGACUUUAUCAUCGAACUGUGGGGUGCAAUCACAGACGCCCGGGCCGGCAGACUCAAGUGACCUUUCCCGAUUGUCUUUCUUUGUACUAUUUGUAAAUUAAACAAGUUCCUUCUUAUUA